GACAUGGCUGGUAAGCAUUGCCUAUACGAGCAAAGCCGGAGGGCGGUCACUUGCAACCUGUUGAAGCAGUUGUCGAUCGACAGUGAGGACAUCGAUCGCAUCGUGAAGGCGAAACACGACAUCGAACGCGGCAUGGCGUCCGGCUUUUCGCAAAGCCUGAUCAUGGACGACGGCAAUCCGAUCAACUUCAACAUCAAGGACGAGCUGGUUGGCAUCGAGAAAGAUAUUUUCUUUCUGGAGAACAUCAAGCACGGUUUGGAUACCGACAAAUUCAUCGACUAUCUGUCGUCGUUCCAUCAGGUCAGCAAGGCACAGUUCCACGCUGAACUCAGUCAGCUAGAGGCGAUGCUACAGCGCAUGCUGCGGACUGGCUCCAUUGACUUGUUCAUCACCGACUGGGAUGGCACGAUGAAGACCUACUGCUGCAAUUACCGGACAUCUAUGCAGCCGGCGUACAGUGCGGUGAUCGUCGCGCUGUUCGCCGAACGACUGACCAAGCUGGACAUGGACGCCCUGACGUUUGGCGGUUCGUGGGGACGCGAGUGGCUAGUCGACGGUCGCUUUGUCGUCUUCAAGGACAAUUUCCAGCAGAACGGCGAAACGAUGCUCAAGCAACUGACCGACGCGCUGACCGCAUUGAUGCGCGGGUCGCCGGAGUUUAGUCGUUUUUUCCUGAUCGGCUCCGGCUUUCAGCGCAAGGUAGACCGCGUGACGAUCGGCGUACAGAACGUGAACGGGGACAUCGCCAACGAGACGGUGGCCAGGUUUCUGAACGCGCUGAACGACGAGUUACGUGAGCUGGAUCCUGACCGCACCCACUUCUGUGUGCACAACGACAAGCUGGACGUCGAGAUCAUCCUGAAAGGCCGCGAGAACAAUCCGUGGAACAAGGCGGACGGUGUGAGGUUCCUGCUGAGCGAGGUACGGCAGGCGACACCGCGUGGUAGCGUUUGGAUCUGUGGCGACACGAUGUCCGACCUGCCGAUGGUCGAUUUCGCUCUGUCCCUGACCGACCGCGCGUACGCGACUUUCAUUAAUCCGUCUGACGAGCUGACGGCGCAAAUACGCAGUCGACUGCAGCCGGACCGCCUGUGCAUCGCCGGCUGUCCGGAGGUGCUGCACGCGGCGCUGCUCAAGUCGGUUAUCCACGAAAAGGAGCUGGCAAAUCUGGUGGCGAACGUCCAACCGUCGAACACUGCCACCGCAGCUACGGCCAUCAUCGACGCAGGUCGUCCGGCGGAGUGA